AUGCGAAAAAACUCAUCAACUCCUCUACGAACUGAUGUCUUCCUAUUUGGGCGAUGGUGGCAAUCUAUUUACUUGGAAUUACCUAUAGAUAUCGAUACGAUCGAGCGUGGAAUCGUCAAUCACGUAGAAUACACCCUGGCCUCUACACGCUUCGAUUUUGACGAUACCAAAGCCUAUCUUGCCACCAGUCAUAGUGUGAGAGAUCGACUUAUCGAACGAUUCAACGAUACGACAGUAGCGAUCGACGAGAACAACUGCAAACGCGUGUAUGCAUUGGAGCCAAAAUUGAAUCCUAGUCAUUACCUCUCUCUGGAGUUUUUGAUGGGUCGCUCUCUCCAAAACUCCCUGAUCAAUUUGGGCAUCGAAAACAAGUACAAGGAAGCGCUACUUGAUUUGGGAUAUGUGUUGGAAGAUAUUUAUGAAGAAGAAAAGGAUGCUGCGCUUGGAAAUGGCGGAUUAGGCAGGCUCGCCGCUUGUUAUCUUGAUUCUCUGGCUACCAACAACAUUCCUGCUACUGGGUAUGGAAUUCGUUACAAUUAUGGAAUCUUCCAACAGGAAAUCAACAAGGAAGGAUACCAAGUGGAACAUCCAGAGUAUUGGCUCACUUUCGGUUCUCCCUGGGAGAUCGAACGCGAUGAUAUUCAAUACGAAAUCCAGUACUAUGGUUCUUUAAUCGAAGAGUGCGAUGCCUAUGGGAAUUGCAAAAAAUGGGUAGACACUCAGAAAGUGAUGGCGGUGGCCUACGAUACGCCGAUCAAUGGGUAUAACACCAACACAACGAUCAAUCUUCGUCUGUGGAAAGCCACGCCAUUCGCAAAAUUCAAUCUCUCUUCCUUUAAUGGAGGGGACUAUGUAUCUGCUCUGAACAAUCGCGAAAAUGCGAUUAGUAUCAGUAGUAUUUUAUACCCGAACGAUUCGACGUACAACGGAAAGGAGCUCCGUCUAAAGCAGCAGUUCUUCUUUGUAUCUGCAACGGUCCAAGACGUCAUUGCUUCCUACAAACGAACGGGUCGUUCUUGGACCGAAUUCCCUGACUAUCAUACCUUCCAACUCAACGACACGCAUCCAGCUGUCGCGAUUCCAGAGUUAAUUCGUGUGUUGGUCGAUCAGGAAGGCGUUUCCUUUGAGAAUGCGCUUCAUAUCACUUCUUUGUGCAUGAACUAUACGAACCACACCAUCCUUCCUGAAGCUUUGGAGAUGUGGGAUGUGGAUCUCUUUGGCAGGCUUCUACCUCGCCAUUUGGACGUGUUGUAUCAGCUAAACGAUUUGCUGAUGAAGGAAGUGCAUCGACGAUGCCCUGAUGAUCCUUCGUUGUGCAGUGUGAUGAGCAUUUUUGAGGAAUCGUUCCCCAAAAAGAUUCGAAUGGCCAAUCUGUGUGUCGCGUUCUGCAAUCGAGUCAAUGGCGUUGCUGAAUUGCACACUGAGAUUUUAACCUCGCGUGUGUUCAACGCAUUCUACAGGCUUUUCCCCAACAAAUUCAUCAAUAUCACCAACGGAAUCACACCUCGGCGAUGGCUCGCGCUUUGCAAUCCAUCCCUCACCGAGCUGCUGACCGACUUUAUCGGAACUGAUUUCGUUACGCAGCUAUCUUUGAUUCAGAGCAUUCGGUUCUAUGCGGAUGAUGAGACAUUCGCUCAGCGAUGGAGGCAAAGCAAGAGAAUGAAUAAGGAGCGUCUCGCCUCUUAUAUCCGUGAUCAUCUCCAAAUCGACAUUUCGCUGGACGCAGUGUUUGACGCGCAGAUCAAGCGAAUUCACGAAUACAAACGGCAGUUGCUGAACAUUCUCUACUGCAUUUGGAAAUACACGCAGUUGAAGAUGAUGUCCAAGGAAGAGCUACGACGCCAAGUCGAAGUGGUCAAGAUAUUCGCAGGGAAGGCGGCGCCUGCUUACAGCAUGGCCAAGGCCAUCAUCCAUUUGAUUGUGAAGGUCAGUGAGGUUGUGAAUCACGACGAAUCAAUCGAGGGAAAGCUGAAAAUCGUGUUCAUUCCGAACUACAACGUGUCCAUUGCGGAAAUGAUCAUUCCGGCAACGGAUGUGAGCGAACACAUCAGCACAGUAGGCAAGGAAGCGAGCGGAACGAGCAACAUGAAGUUUUGCCUAAACGGCGCAUUGCUGAUGUGUACAAUGGAUGGAAGCAGUAUUGAGAUUGCGAAUGAAGUGGGGCGAGAGAAUAUCUUUGCGUUUGGACCUUCUUUUGAAGAACAGGAGAACGGAUUAUUGACAACUCGCAGCACGCCUUCUUCUCUUCGACGCGUCUUUGAGAUUCUGCUGUCUGGGCGAUUUAUCACCACGGAGGAAGCGCAGUUCAUCAUCAAUCCGCUCGAUCAUGGCGACUACUUCCGCGUCUGCUCGGACUUCGAGGAUUAUCUCCGCGUCCAGAAGGAAAUGGAGAGGGUGUGGCGAAACAAGGAUGAGUGGACACGGAGAAGCAUUUACACUGUGGCUGGAAUGGGCAAGUUCAGCUCUGAUAACGCGUUCGUGUUCGAAAUGGGAAUUAGUGCGUAG